AUGAGUCCGUUUCGGGCGUUAGCGGGUGUGCUGAGGGGCGGCGGUGUUGGAGGGAGUCAGUGGCUGCGAUGGUGUGGAGGUGGCCCGGCCAGGCGCUGGGUUGACCCCAGGAGAGGCUGCUCCUCCAGGGCUGCGCCUGUUCUCUCCACGGAGGCCAACAGCUCCAGCUAUGUGGAGCAGAUGUACUUUGCGUGGCUGGAGGAUCAUACAAGCGUCCACGAGUCUUGGGACACAUUCUUCCGUAACACCCAGGCUUCCAGUCCGUCUGGCGAGGCGGUUGAGAGACGCCUCUCCGCUCUGCUCCAAGGCCGAGCGCUGCCCCACUCACCAGACAUGACACAGAAAGUGGUGGAGGACCACCUGGCCGUGCACACUCUCAUUAGAGCCUACCAGAUUCGUGGUCACCAUGUUGCCCAGUUAGACCCUCUGGGAAUUCUGGAGGCUGACCUUGACUCUUUUGUUCCCUCCGACCUGAUCACCACUAUCGAUAAAUUAGGUUUCUACGGUCUUGAUGAGUCUGACUUGGAAAGAAGCUUUCAACUUCCCCCCACCUCCUUCAUCGGAGGAGCAGACAACACUCUUCCUCUUAAAGAGAUCAUACGGAGACUUGAGACGUCGUACUGCGGUCACAUAGGAGUUGAAUUCAUGUUCAUUAACAACGUGGACCAGUGUCAGUGGAUUCGUCAGAAAUUUGAGACUCCAGGAAUCAUGCGGUUCACUAAUGCUGAGAAGAGGACUUUGCUAGCCCGCCUGAUCAGUUCCACACGGUUUGAGGACUUCCUGGCCAGAAAGUGGUCAUCGGAGAAGCGUUUCGGUCUAGAGGGCUGUGAAGUGCUCAUCCCUGCCCUUAAAACCAUGAUUGACAAGUCGAGCGCUGCUGGCAUCGACAGCGUGAUCAUGGGGAUGCCUCAUCGGGGUCGACUGAAUGUGUUGGCCAAUGUGAUCCGUAAGGACCUGGAGCAGAUCUUCUGUCAGUUUCACCCCAAGUUAGAGGCUGUUGAUGAGGGGUCGGGUGAUGUUAAAUACCACCUUGGGAUGUACCACGAGAGGAUUAACCGUGAGACAGACAAGAACAUCACUCUGUCACUCAUGGCAAACCCCUCCCACCUGGAGGCAGUGGAUCCAGUGGUUCAGGGCAAGGCCAAAGCUGAGCAGUUCUACAGAGGAGACACUCAGGGAAAGAAGGUGAUGUCCAUCUUGAUGCAUGGCGACGCUGCUUUUGCUGGACAAGGAGUUGUGUAUGAGACUUUCCACCUAAGUGAGCUCCCCUCCUACACCACACAUGGUACAAUCCAUGUGGUGGUCAACAACCAGAUUGGCUUCACCACUGACCCCCGAGUGGCUCGCUCCUCCCCCUACCCCACCGAUGUGGCUCGGGUUGUCAAUGCACCCAUCUUCCAUGUGAAUGCCGAUGAUCCCGAGGCUGUCAUGUACGUGUGUCGGGUGGCUGCAGAGUGGAGGACCACCUUCAACAAGGAUGUGGUCAUUGACCUGGUUUGUUACAGACGGUUUGGUCAUAAUGAGAUGGACGAGCCCAUGUUCACCCAGCCGCUGAUGUACAAACAGAUCCGUCGGCAGCAGCGUGUGCUGAAAAAGUACUCCGACAGGCUCAUUGCAGAUGGAGUGGUGACACUGCAGGAAUAUGAGGAGGAAGUUGCCAAAUAUGACAAGAUAUGUGAGGAGGCAUACACAAGCUCCAAGGAUGAAAAGAUUUUAAACAUUCGACACUGGCUCGACUCCCCCUGGCCAAAUUUCUUCACGGCUGAGGGAGAGCCCAGGAGCAUGAGCUGUGUCCCCACAGGACUGGAUGAGGUGGUCCUGCAGCAUAUUGGCCAGACAGCCAGCUCAGUGCCUCUGGAAGACUUUAAGAUCCAUCCUGGUUUGUCUCGUAUCCUGCGUGGUCGAGCUGACCUGGUGAAGAAUCGACAGAUGGACUGGGCUCUAGGAGAGUACAUGGCCUUUGGUUCCCUUCUCAAAGAUGGCAUUCAUGUACGACUCAGCGGGCAGGAUGUAGAGCGAGGCACCUUUAGUCACCGUCAUCAUGUUCUGCAUGACCAAGAGGUGGACAAACGUAUCUGUGUUCCCAUGAAUCACCUGUGGGCAGACCAGGCUCCUUACACUGUCUGCAACAGCUCCUUAUCAGAGUAUGGAGUGCUGGGUUUUGAGCUUGGCUUCGCUAUGGCGAGUCCGAAUGCUCUGAUCCUCUGGGAGGCCCAGUUUGGAGACUUUCACAACACAGCCCAGUGUAUCAUUGACCAGUUCAUCAGCCCGGGUCAGGCCAAGUGGGUCCGCAACAAUGGUAUUGUCCUACUGCUGCCACAUGGGAUGGAGGGAAUGGGCCCAGAACAUUCAUCAGCUCGACCUGAACGUUUCCUGCAGAUGAGCAAAGAUGAUCCCGAUCAUUUCCCUGAGUUCAAUGGAGAUUUUGAGGUCCAGCAGCUGUACGAUUGUAACUGGAUUGUAGUAAACUGCUCCACGCCUGCUAAUUACUGUCAUGUGCUCAGGCGGCAGAUUCUGCUACCAUUCAGAAAACCGCUGAUCAUUUUCACUCCAAAGUCUCUGCUGAGGCACCCUGACUCAAGGUCCAGCUUUGAUGAGCUCGCAGAAGGCACUAAAUUUAAAAGGUUGAUUCCUGACGAGGGCCUUGCGAGUCAAAACCCAGAUCAAGUGAAGAGGGUGAUUUUCUGUACUGGAAAAGUCUACUAUGAACUGGCUCGAGAGAGGAAACAGCACAAAAUGGAGCGAGACAUCGCCAUCAUCAGACUUGAACAGAUCUCUCCAUUCCCGUUUGACCUGGUCAGAGCAGAGGCAGAGAAAUAUACCAACGCUGAGCUGGUCUGGUGUCAGGAGGAGCACAAGAACAUGGGUUACUAUGAUUACGUCCGACCGCGUCUCCUCACAGUGGUGGCCAACAGGAAGCCAGUUUGGUAUGUAGGACGGGACCCUGCAGCUGCUCCAGCGACAGGGAGCAAGUCCACCCACCUCAAUGAGCUGAAGAGGUUCAUGGAGACAGCGUUCAACCUGAGCGCCUUCCAUGGGAAGGACUUGUAACUGAGGACAUGUAACUGAGGACGUGUAACUGAGGACGUGUAACUGAUGAUGUGUAACUGAGGACGUGUAACUGAGGACGUGUAACUGAUGAUGUGUAACUGAGGACGUGUAACUGAGGACUUGUAACUGAGGACGUGUAACGGAUGAUGUGUAACUGAGGAUGUGUAACUGAGGACGUGUAACUGAGGACUUGUAACUGAGGACGUGUAACUGAUGAUGUGUAACUGAGGACGUGUAACUGAGGACUUGUAACUGAGGACGUGUAACUGAUGAUGUGUAACUGAGGACUUGUAACUGAGGACGUGUAACUGAGGACCUGUAACUGAGGACGUGUAACUGAGGACAUGUAACUGAGGACUUGUAACUGAGGACGUGUAAUUGAGGACUUGUAACUGAGGACGUGUAACUGAGGACGUGUAACUGAUGAUGUGUAACUGAGGACGUGUAACUGAGGACGUGUAACUGAGGACGUGUAACUGAGGACGUGUAACUGAGGACUUGUAACUGAGGACGUGUAACUGAGGAUGUGUAACUGAGGACAUGUAACUGAUGACUUGUAACUGAGGACUUGUAACUGAAGACUUGUAACUGAGGACGUGUAACUGAGGAUGUGUAAUUGAGGACUUGUAACUGAGGAUGUGUAACUGAGGACAUGUAACUGAAGACUUGUAACUGAGGACUUGUAACUGAGGACGUGUAACUGAGGACUUGUAACUGAGGACGUGUAAUUGAGGACUUGUAACUGAGGACUUGUAACUGAUGACGUGUAACUGAGGACGUGUAACUGAGGACGUGUAACUGAGGACUUGUAACUGAGGACGUGUAACUGAGGACGUGUAACUGAGGACUUGUAACUGAGGACGUGUAACUGAGGACGUGUAACUGAUGACGUGUAACUGAGGACUUGUAACUGAGGACGUGUAACUGAGGACGUGUAACUGAAGACUUGUAACUGAGGACGUGUAACUGAUGACGUGUAACUGAGGACUUGUAACUGAGGACGUGUAACUGAGGUCCUGUAAAUGAGUACUUGUAACUGAGAACCAGAGCCGAAACAGACUGAAGGUGCCGUUUCAUCGCUAACCAUUAUGGUCUACUUAUUAAGUCUUGAUGUGGCAAAUUGUCACAUUUAAAAACUCUUUAAGCUUUAUGACAAUCUGGAGCAUAGUUUUUUUUUGUGUUGUAAAUAUAGUUUCAACCCGUAAUAAUAUCAUGUGAAAGAAACAUCGACAGCGCUAACUGACUUCCUGGAUCAGACGGCACAACAUUUAUGUUUAUUGAGAUUUAGUAAGCGAUCAUUGUUAAGACUCGAUCAAUAAUAGCUGUCGGUCUUUUACGACCUGCAACAACGAUGAUGUGAAAAGCAUCGUGAAGCACAACUGGGCAAAAUGUAACGCACUGGUCUCCCUAGGGGCCUCGCGGGUAUCCCAAACACUGUGACAUGGGAGAGAACGACACAUUGUCGUCCUCUGACCACGUCAAGUGAAAUCAAGUCGUUUAUUUGUAGAGCCUCAAAUCACCCUCUAUAACCCUUUGUCAUUAUACCAUAACACCAACAUCAGAUAGAAGUCACAUAAUUGUCACCGUUGUGUGGUGAAGUAGCAACAGUGCACUCUUUAUUCCCCUAAUAAAAUUCACACAAUUUAGAUAGCUUUCGUACUGAUAUCUCUAUUGCUGCCAUGCUGAAUACUAUUAUCUAAUACUAGUAUAGAUUUGUAUUUGUAUUGAUUUUUGUAGAUGAGUAACAGAAGCGAUGAGACGCACACCAACUGGUGUAAUUAAACAAUGAAUGUAAAAUACAUAUCGCAGGUAUGAAGACGUUUUUUAAAUUGAACACAUCAGUAGGUUUAGUGCCUGUACUUGCUUUGGCUACCUUAGCUAUCAGUGAAGGAGUGAGUAUUUAUUGUCACACCUCACUUCACCAGGAGACGUGAGCCAGCUGGCGCAGCGACUUGCAGCCAUGUUUUCUUUUGAGGACAUAAGGCUCGGCUUCCUCUUUGGAGGCUGAGGGAUGCGCACACAUAAAUACAGCAACGCUUUGGAUGCUUUCAGAACAAUAUUGAUGCUUGGCUGUCACAUUAAAAUCCCCAGGUAUUUAACAGAAUAAAUAUUAGUUACCACUGUGCUUAGAAAUGUUAUGUUUCCUGUUUAGCUAUUGUGCUAUACUAUAGCUUAACUUUUUUUAACUUUCAGCUGGGAGAUAUUAUCCUAAGCCAUGCACAGAUGUCAUUAUACAUAUUUCAUUAUUUCAAAUUUGGAUUAUGUGUGUUAGUU